GAGGUUGCAGACGUGAGCUAUCAUGUAUGUCAGUAGAGAGUAGCUGGCGAUGUUGAAUGGAACUCCAAGACCCUGGGUGGAAGAGGAGCCUCCUCCGGUGCCGACCAGUCACAACUUCACGAAGCAGAGAGACAAGAUGAGGCAUAAACUGGAGGAGAAGAGGAGAGAGAAGGAACUAAACAGACCCUACAAUCCCCAACACAACUGCAGUGAGACUGACUCUCGGCCACUGGAUGAACUACUUGCCUUUAUUGAGGGAGACGAGAGGGGAGAGGGGGCGGAGUCAUGUCCGUCUCCAUGACUACCAACCACACCUCCAAGCCAGGAAAGAAAAAGAAAAGACGAAAAAGAUUCACGUAAUUCAUUCCUUCCAUUUGCUUGCUAAUUGCAUUCCUAUCUACAGUUCCCUAGCAACUGUCACUCCCGGAAACAACAGAGGAGGAGAGUGGUGGCCACACCCACAAGUCACAUGACGGAUCAUUGGGUGUGUCAGUGUGUGAGGAGAGAGAAGAUGACGACAGGUCGUCUGGCAAGAAAACUGGCCCAUGCUAGCCACACCCACCAAGAUCUGCCGUCAGAGGAGUUGUCUGAUG